ACCACCUCUCAUCAAAAUGCAGACAAAAACACGAAUGUUUUCCCUAGUGAUGACAAUAAUAGCAUUAAUUUUAUUGGCAAUUCAAAUGACUUUAAUUCUGAAAAUGACAAUACUGGAUGCUCCUUCAAAAGCAUAGGAAAAACUAUUUCCCCAAGACCAUCUUCAUUAUCUUUAUCAUCAUCUUUUUAUUCAUCAGCACUUUGUUUAUCAUCAUCAUCAUCAUCAUCAUCAUGCCAGCAAGCAGAUGUUUUCAAUGCAAGUAGGAACAACAAUGCCAAGCCUCAUGAGAAAGAAAGAAAAGUAGUGAACAGCACAAAUAGCAGCAGUAUGUUCUCAAAAGGUAGAGUGCUUGAUUUCUACAACACCAACUUUUAUGGUUCCAUCAAUUUCAACAGCAUGAUUGAUCCAAAUGAAAUUUUCAAUGAUAACAAUAAC